AUGACCUACGAGCGUGAUGGAGAGCUGCUGCAGGAAAUUGGUGAGACCUUCGAAAGAUCUGAAUUGUCCAAGGCUGAAUAUGGAGUAUUUUAUGUUAAUUUGCAGAAGCUACCAGAAAAUGUCUCUGCAACAUCAGCCUCUGUGCUGGAAAAUAUGGAUAAGAAAAUGCAAGGUAAAACACAGACUAAACUAAGUAUUGAUGCUCUACAUCAACAAGCGAGCGCUCAUCCUCAAGAAAUACAAGACACAAUAGAAAAAACUUUGGUUUCAAAUAUUGCAAAAUUCAGUGAAUUCAGAUGCUCUUUAGAAAAACUUCUUCAAGAAACAUCUGAAGUUUCGUGUCCAGUAUCCGACGACUUACAUAAACAAGAAGAGUUUGGGGUUCAUAUGUUUCCUUCACAAAAAGAGACUCUGUGCGUGCCAGUGUCACAGCCACAUAACGCUUUCGGUAGCUGUCAUACAGAGAUGAAGAUAGCUAUCAAAAGGAGACCUGCAGAACAAAGUAUCAAAGCUUCAGUACAUGAUCUUGCAGGAAGUGAAAUUGAAGCUUCUGAUCUUUGUAAAAGAAGUAGAGCUAUUAAUAAAAUAGAAGAGCAAAACGUGGCUGUAGUUGAUCUUCCUCCCUCAGAAAGAGAGACCAAUAUGAUUGCAAUCAAGCUAUUCAAGACAAACAAAGAAGGAAGGAGAAAUGAAAGCAGCUACUUGGAUGCCUCUGGAAAGAAUUCAGAUUUGAACACACUGAUGACAUUCAGAAGAGCAAGCAUACCAUGUAAAGAUGAGAGCGACUCCCUCCAGCCAGAAGGAGCUCAACUCUGCCUAAUGUCUCAGCACGAGGAUAAUGAUGAAGAGGCAGGGGACGGCUCAAAUUUGGGAUCCAAGUUUUCAGAUGAAAACUCUGAGUCCCACUCUGGAACCAAAAAUUCAACUCGUUCGGAAGAAGAAUUAAACCCUGUUUUGAUGGCUUUGAAAAGGAGUGCAGAUAGGAAAAUGCCUUCCAAAAGUCUAGAGGACAUUCCAUCAGCCACCUCAAAUAAAGGAAAAAUAAAUAAUCCAAAGGAAGAAUUAGCUCUUAGUGCUGAAGAUGGUCCAAAAUCUGAUCAGCAUCGAGAGAGGAAUGAAAAUGCAGCAGGAAUUUCCACAGUGCCCUCACAGCCUGAUAAGCUGUUUUCCAAUCCUGAAAAAGUCAAAGGACUCAGCAAGUCAGUACCAUCAUUCCUACAGGAAGAGAGUGAUGACAGAGAGACAGAUACAGCAUCAGAAAGCAGUUAUUCCCUUGGCAGAAUCAAGAAGAGUCCCAGCUCUCUAACCAAUCUUAGCGGCUCUUCUGGCAUGGCCUCCUUAUCCUCUGUGAGCGGAAGCCUAAUGAGCAUCUAUAGUGCAGACUUUGGCAAUAUUGAUGUGAAGGGGAACAUUCAGUUUGCUAUUGAUUAUGUUGAACAGCUGAACGAGCUCCACAUUUUUAUUUGCCAGUGUAAAGACCUGGCAGUGGCAGAUGUUAAGCGACAGCGUUCAGACCCGUAUGUAAAGACCUACCUGCUUCCAGAGAAAUACAAGCUGGGCAAACGUAAGACCUCUGUAAAGAAGAAAACCUUUAAUCCAGUCUACAAUGAAAUACUGCGGUAUAAAAUUGAAAAGGAUCUCCUAAAGAACCAAAGCCUUAAUAUCUCUGUCUGGCACAAUGAUACCUUUGGGAGGAAUAGCUUCCUUGGUGAAGUGGAGCUGGAUUUAGGAACCUGGGACUGGAACGAUAAAUCCAACAAGCAGAUCAACUGGUUUCCACUCAAGCCAAGGACUUCAACAAUGGCUCCUGAACUAGAACACAGAGGGGAGAUGAAACUAGCCCUCCAGUAUGUCCCACACCCUGUCGGAGGGAAGAAGACUCUACCCACUGGUGAGGUCCACAUCUGGGUGAAGGAAUGCCAUGACCUUCCUCUUCUGAGAGGCAACAGGCUCAACUCUUUUAUUAAGUGUACCAUUCUUCCAGAUACUAGCAGAAAAAGUCGCCAGAAAACAAGAACAGUGGCAAAAACUGCAAAUCCAGUAUUCAACCACACCAUGGUCUACGAUGGCUUCCGACCAGAAGAUUUGAAAGAAGCCUGCGUAGAACUGACAGUCUGGGAUCACAACAAACUAGCCAACCACUUCCUGGGAGGCCUCAGGAUAGGCCUUGGAACAGGCAAAAGCUAUGGAACUACUGUAGACUGGAUGGAUUCUACUUCAGGUGAAACUGCCCUUUGGGAGAAGAUGAUGAACUCUCCAAACACGUGGAUAGAAGAUACACUACCUCUCAGGAUGCUAAUGGUUGCAAAAUUGUCAAAAUAAGGUGGCUUUCUAAUUGCUAGCGUCAAAAAAAAAAAUGGGGAAUGGAAUUAAAGAUGUGGGGGUACAACUUGGAAGCGGAACACAGUAGCUCUUUUCACAGUCUGCUCCGUUGCUGUUCUGGUUUUGUGCUGUCAAAUGUCACUUCGUAUUUCCAAUUAAACUUCUGCCUGCAGGUUAUGAUGCAAACUU